UUGUUCACAGGAUAACACGCAAAUAGAUCAUUUGAGCUUAACACUGACGUUUCUAACUUCCAAAUCUCGUGUUGCUAUCACGUGCUUUGGUAUCCAUCAAGAUGGCGUCAAAAUGACACCUGUUGAUAAGCAGCACGCGUAUUCCUUGGAAUAUGUACUAAACUUUGCGGAAUUUAGCAUGUAGUCGCACUGUAUUACAUAUGGGUGGAGUUUUACAUGUUUCAAACGGAUUUUCAAGCCUCUUAACCAUUUACAUCUAAUUUUAGCGAAUUUUAUAUUUGACGCCGUGUGGUAAACAAGAGCAAAAAUGAGUGUUGUAUCACAAAGUGCCAGUGAUUCAGAUUCUUACAUUUCCACUGAAUCUAGUCAUGAAAAGCGCCUUUUGGAGAGGGAGGCGCAAAAAACAGUGGAUGAUGUAUCGAGAUUGGUGUCUAAAAAACUUGAAACAUACAUGAACUAUGAGAGAAGGGCUGAAAGGUUUGAUCCAAGUGGCAUAGGAUAUUACAGAACAACAGUAGCUAUGCACAAGUAUGACUACCUGUACAGAGUUCUGGAUGCUACAAAGUUGGAUCAGCCAAGUAAAGAGGCCAGAAAGCAAAAACUUAAAGAAGAACAAAGUGAAAGCUCUGACAAAGUGAUACAUCCCCACUUGAACCCCAACUCCAGGAGAGUUGUCUUGAAUAGAGAGGCAGACAGACUGACAGAGUAUGCUAACAAAGUCUUUGAAAAAACACCUGUUGCCAAGCUGCAUAUGAUCCACAGGUACAGACCGUCUACCAAGAAAUCUCUGAAUGUAGUGGAGAAUGGUAAAGUCCAAAACUACAGCAGGAAUGUUGGUGCAGCUCUUAUGUCUGAAAAUUAUGUGCAGUUCUAUUUGAAAGAAGGUCUUGGAACAGGGAAUGCUAAAAAGUCACCAAGAUUACAGAAGUUACAAGAGCAAAAGAAAUAUCAACAGGAAAAACAAAAGAAGGACCAAGAGGAAUCAAGAGCAGAGAGAAAUGAGUCUUCUUUUGAUAGAUCUCUUGAUGGAAGUUACUCAAAAAAGUCACCCAAGCGUGCUCCAGAGAAUAUGAAACUUCUUCACUCCCUCACAACCAAAGAAGAUGAUGAAGAUGAUGACCACGACGGGACAAAUCAAACCAGUGGUAUUGUCAUGGAUGAGGAUGAUGAAGACCUCGUUGACUAUGUCUACGAAGACAACGACUUCACAUCAGAGGAGGAGGAUGAAGAGGUGAUGCAAAUGACAGGAACUUACGAAGAUGAGGACAAAGAAUCCGUGGCAGAGGACCGCCAGAGUGCAAGACUUGGAAGGUAUGAUGAGGCCUGUGAUGACGAUGAGCCUAGAAGAUCCAGUACUCCUUAUGGAGACAGACAUAGUCCACCAGCUUCACCACCACCCAGGGCAGAGUCAAGGAUAGGCAGCAAUGUGUCUUCUAAGACCAACAGUGCCAGGUCACGACACAGUUCCGAUUCUAGUGCUCGUAGCCGAGUUAAAUCUGCAGCAAGUCAUGGCCGACCGAGAUCCCCUGCCAUCAAGGAGGAAGAAGUACUUAGUGAACGGAACCAGUCUCCUGAUAAGAUAAGCAACCGCUCAGAUUCUGCUCGCAGCAGAGACAGACCGCAUUCUGGUUCUAGACCUCCCAGUCAGAGAAAAGAAUCAGCCAAAAGUAGCGGAAGACCAGACUCGUGUGAAGCAAAAGAGGACACACAUAGUCUUGGGGCCAACUCUGAUAAGGGCAAAGAAAAACCUGGAUCUGCUAAAAGCAAUGAAAACCAAAGAGCACAUGAGGAGGGUGAUGUUAGGCCUGCCUCCCCUCAAAAAGAAAACAGCCGUCCACCAUCUAGUAUUGCCUCCAAUAAGAGUCACCACAGCAGAACUUCAAGCAAGGAAGACAAGGCUCCUGUUUCUCAGAGUGAGGAAAGACCGGCUUCAGCAGCAAGCAGCCACAGAAAUAGUGUGAAACAAGAAGAGCAAGUCCACCGCAAGAAUUCUGCUAACAGCAGUGAAAGUGGGCAAAGACAGAAGUCCAUUGAACCAGCUUCAGAGAAUACACAAGUGAUUAAGUCGGCAAAGGAUGUAUCUCGUUCCCCAUCUGAGAUGAGUGUGCAUCAGGAGAUAAACAACAACAAAGUCAGCCCCUAUCACAGUCGCAAGGGCUCAGCGUCCAGUAACCGGAGCAAAGAGAAGGCAAGUGCCCAGCUACGCAGCAAGCUCAGUUCUGCUGGAAGUGUGAGAAGCAUUCAGAAUUUGAGUCCACAACAUAGUAGGAGUGCAUCUGCUGCAAGCAAGAGGAGUUCUGUGGGUAGCAGAAAUAACUCUGCAACAAGCAACAGAAGUGAUAACCAGAAGACCAGCCGACCUCCUUCCAGUGUUCAUAGCAGCAGUGCCAAAGUGCCUUCUAAACCUGGAAGUGCAGCCGGAAGCAGACCAACCUCUACAGCUAAUAGUGUCAAAUCUGUCCAGAAGAGUCCAUCUCACAGUGAAAAGGAGAAGAAAACCCUUGAAAAAGGUGAAAAGACCAAGGAAGAUGAUGAUUAUGAUGAUGACUUUGAGGAUGAAGGUGAAGGGCAAGGUCAGACAGAGAAAAAAAAGGAGGGUGAAACUUAUGAAGACUAUGAUGAAGACUUUGAAGAGGAAAAUGAGAAGGAGCAAAAGAAGUUGCCAGAAACUAUUAAAACCUCUCAAACUAGUAGCCGUGACAAUGCAUCCAUUACCUCAGAAACGAAGCCCCGCCCAGCAAGUGCACAGCCCCAGACUGAAGCUGAUGAUAACAAUGGUGGCUAUGAUGAUGACUUUGAAAGCAACGGUGCCCACAGUGACACCGAGUUAGAGGUGAAGAAAAAGUCGACCAAAGAUGACGGAGACACAACCAGCAUCCACACUUAUGUUUCAGUGGAGCAUGUGAGCUCAGGGGUGUAGGAGCCAUUUUAUCCCCCUCCCUCUUUGCCUCUCCCCCUACUCUGUUUCCAAAUGCUACUCAGGCCAGCUACCAACAACUGAAUUCCACCUCCCAAAUGCCCAUUUCACAUCAAGCAGUACAGUUUUCUGUAUAGUCCCAGUUUUUCUUGGUCCAAACAUGUUAUUAGGCUAUGGGCAUUUUACUCUCUUUCAUGGGCUCUAAUUUACCAAUAUAAAUUAAUCCAGAGUACCCAGCCAUGUUGAUUGCUGGUGCUCUGUCUAGGUAAUUCAUAUUUUAAAACCACUGGAAACAGAAAAGUGUGCCAUUCAUUGUGAAUAGGGCCUUAAACAGCUAAAAGCUUUUUGUUCUUAUUGUUUGAUGCUGAAUAGAAUCAAUGGAUUUGAUAAUGUUUGGGGUAAGACUGUUCAAAAACUUAUACCCACCAUUGGGAUAUGGGUAAAAUUCACAGACACACAUGUGAAUGUUUUCUCUAUGAAAACGCCACAGUCACCAUUGUAAUGAAACUGAGGCUGCUGUGCGGAGAGAGUCACAAUUGUUUUUUUGCUCAAGGGUGUGUGUACAGCACAUGAACCCACUAUUAGCCUACUGGUUACAUCAUAGAUCAAGUUAGUGUAAAUAUGGUUAAGAUAAAAAUUAUGAACCGUUCACAAUGUACUUGUAUCUCUGUUUUCUACUCAAGUGGAUUCACGUUAAUUUGUUAAUCUGAUUGCAUUCAGCAAGAAUUCCAGGGGAGUUGGUGCGCAUUAGAUAGGUCCACAAAAUUCAUUGUGAACGGUCCCUAUGUCAAUUUUUUUAUUUCUUACAUGGUAAAUUUUUAUGAUAGCAUGAGUAUUUUGCUGAUAAAUUAAUGGAAAAGGUCAAACCUCAAAUUUUUUGUUACUCUUCCAUGGAUAAUGCUCUCUGUGAUCUCUGCUCAUUUUGUAAUGUUGUAAUGUUUAAAUUAAUAGGGGACAAGUUACUGGUGCCAAAUGGUCCAAGGAAAUUUAUUAAUUAGCAUAAGCCAUGUAUUUGAACUGUGCCUAAUUUAUU